AUGGCUCGUCCGCGAAGGUGCCGAGCAGCUUCCGACAGCGCAUUCGCUCGGCCACCUCGUCUUCAUGGGAAACAUCUCCUCCUCCUCCUCCUCCUCCUCUUCCUCUGGCUGCUCCUUCUCUGGCUGCUCCUCCUCCUCUGGCUGCUCCCCCCCCUCCCUCAUGCCAGGCCGAGUCUCCUGGACGACGCCCUGGGCGCCCCAGCUCCCGUGUCGACGCUGUCGGGGCCGCUCAGCGCGCUGCUCGACGAGAACGGUUUGCGGGUGGGGACACUGGCGUACGUGGAGUCGGACAUGCUGAUGCUGCUGCCGUACGCCCCCCAGUCGCUGCUGCUGGCCGGGGGUCGGGCCAUGUUCUUCGGGUUCCUGGACCUGCAGCAG